AUCGUUCUGAGAACCCUUUUGUCUCCGACAGUCGCAACAGUAGCUGCCGCCUGCCGAGGUUCGUGGUAUGCAGCAAUUGCACCACCUUGCUACCGGCUCGAAGAUGACAGCCUGUGGAAGAAAACAAUUGUUUUACACGUUCGUUGUACUAUCGAUGCUGGCCAAAUUGUGUCAUGCCUCAAAGAUAUUGGUGGUGGUUCCAACGGCGUCCAUCAGCCACCAAAAGCCUUUCCAUAUCUUAACAAAAGCUCUGCUUCAGAGAGGACAUGAAGUCACUCUCUUCACCACAAAUCCACUCAAGAUUUCUCACGAGAACCUUACGGAAGUCGACGUGUCUGUGGGAUACAAAACACAUGGCGAGUUCGACUUCGUUUCAAUGGCGUCACAAUCACCUCUGGAGAAUAUUCCAUUCGUUCGACAUUACGCAAAAACAAUAGUUCCAGCGCAGCUCAGCGAUCCCGCAGUACAGGACUUCAUCAGGAGGAACCACACCUUCGACGUGGUCAUCAUGGAAUGGAUAACUUACCAAGGCUACUACGGACUGGUACACAGAGUCGGUUCCCCACCUCUCAUAGGCAUGAUCACACUGUCGGCGUUUUCGCCUGUGUACUACUCAAUGGGAAAUCCCAUGAACCCUGCAUACAUACCCGAUGUAUGGGUGGGAUUCUCGGACCACAUGACCUUCUGGGAACGCGCUUACAACGCGCUCUUCUACCUCAGAUGCUAUUUCCUGUGGUACUGGGAAAACUUUCCAGAGCAGGAGGUCUUCAUGAGACAAUACUUCGGUCCCGAACCACCUCCGGUGUACGAGACGGAACGCAACUUCAGCCUCCUCAUUAUCAACAACCACUUCACUAUGGAGUACCCUCGUCCGCACUUGCCCAACGUCAUAGAGAUCACCGGUGUUCACGUAGAGACGCAGACCAAGCCACUGCCAAAGCGCAUCCGGGAGUUUAUGGACGGGGCAGAACAUGGAGUGAUCUACUUCAGUCUCGGCUCCAAUGUCAAAAGCAGCGCUUUGCCGUGGGAGAAGGCCAAGGCCUUCCUGGAUGUCUUUCGUCAGCUGCCACAGCGAGUCCUCUGGAAGUGGGAGAAUGAAUCGCUGCCUGGACAGCCAGAUAACGUGAUGGUCAGCAAGUGGCUGCCGCAGCAGGAUGUUCUCGCUCACCCUAAGGUGGUCCUGUUCGUCAUGCAGGGAGGGCUCCAGAGUAUGAACGAGGCCACUUACCACGGUGUCCCGUUCCUCGUGAUCCCAUUCUUCUCUGACCAGGCGCACAAUGCCGCCAAGAUACAGCAGGCGGAGCUUGGCCUCAGGUUGGAGUUCCAUGACGUCACAAAGGAUACUGUGUUACGCAGUAUACGUGCUGUUUUGCAGGAUUCAAAGUACAGAGAGAACAUGAAGACUUUGUCAUCGAUAUUUUGCGAGCACCAAGCGGACUCUGUGGAGCGCGCCGUGUGGUGGGUGGAGUACGUGAUACGUCACAAGGGGGCCCCGCACAUGCGCAGUGCAGCCCUCGAUCUGCACUGGUGGCAGCAGCUGCUGCUCGACGUCAUAGCCUUCAUACUGCUCGUAGUGAUUGUGACUGGUGGCGCCAUCUUGUAUCUGGUUCGCCGAUUAUUUGUCACGCUGAGAAGCAGUAAGAUGAAGCAGAAGAAACAUUAAUGUGUACUCACAUGCAGCGAGAAGUACACUUUAAGGUGACCUUGUUGUCCACAUACACUGGUACUGAGAAUCAAGGACGUGUACAUAUAUCAUUGGGUGGGACGUAUUCCCUAAAAUCGUUUACAUGAUUAUGGCUCUCGUUCUGACUAAGCACUUGUGGCACA